AUGAUCAGUGCUAGGUACGACCUUGGAGCUGGCUUGCCACAAGGCUACCAGCUCCGGUCAUUUUCGUCAUGCUCCACCCUAAAGCAAUUGCAGAGCGUGGUGAAAUCUAUCUAUGGCCAGCUGGAACAGAAUGAUUGGCAAGGAAAUCAAUGGCUAGUUAUCAGGGGUAUGUCACAAGCCGCCAUUGACAAGCUGAGCAAUGCCCCCGACUGCCUGUCGGACAUCGUGUUUCGGUUUAUGUGGAUUGGGACAAUGGGACUUAUCAAAGUAGUCCCAUCUAUUCCACAUGGUCUGACCACAUCUAGUGUGGACCACUACAUCGAUCGGCAGUGCAUUCGGAUGGGUGUAGCAGACAGCGACCUUGUUUGGGGACAUACAGUUACGAUACCUGGCACUGUUACUACCCAUGGUAAACAGCCGGACGACUGUUUUUACCCUCCCAACCGCCAGCCUCUGGGUGGCCAGUUCAAUGGCUGGCCGUCGCUCGUGAUAGAAACGGGCGUUUCAGAGUCUUUGUCAAAGCUCCAGCGAGACGCCACUUGGUGGUUCCAAAACUCCUUUGGGGACACCAGAAUAGUUAUUCUCGUCUCAAUAAAAGCAGUCACUAAGACAAUCACGUUCGAGAAAUGGCAGCUUGCGCCUUCAAGCAUCCCAAGACCCGUUACAAGGCAAGCAAUCCAUCAGCUACGCCAACAAUCCAACCUGAUGCCCCCUCUUGUCCGGCAGCAGGCGAACAGCCAGCUCGCCUUCUCUAUUCAGGAAGUAAUCAUUACGCCUACAUCAAUUACAGGAGGACCUCUUGUGAUCCCUUUCAAAGCCAUGUUUAGUCGGCAGCCUACGGGAGCAGAAGGCGAUAUAGUUAUCAACGACCAGGGCUUUCGUACCAUUACGCGGUUUAUUUAA